GCCGUGGAACGGCCUCGCGGCCGGGAGCGGUCCGGGGGCGCGCGCUGGCCGGAGCGGCGCCGGUCUCCCGGCAACAGCCGCCAGCAGCGGCGGGGGGCGCGGCGGGCACGGCUCCGCGCCCGGGCCCCGGGAGCCGCGGGAAGCCGGAGGGGUCUCUUGGGCCAUAAGCGCAGCGUGUGGCGACGCAGCUUGCCGAGGAGGGAGGCCGGCGGAGCGCCGGGCGUAGCCCCGCAGGCGCUGAAUGGCUUUUUUUCCACCGGUGGCUCCUGUGGCGCCAGCUACUAAGCUUGCUCCUGGUUCCCAGCCAAAACACCAGCAGAACAACUUUCAGCAUGGAUUCAUACUUGACAAAGAGGAAAGUUUAAAAGAUCUCUGUGCCCAAAAGAACCGAAGAUAUUCCUAUUCAAUGUCUGCAGAAAGCGCUCAGGACAGACCCAGGCAUGGAGGCUUCUGUUCAGGCAGACCAGAGAGCAAGUAUCUCAUCCGCCAGGCCUGUGCUCUGUCAGCUGAAUCACUAGGCAGACAGAAAGAAGGAGUGGACCGUGCAUAUCCCCUGCAACCAAUUUCUCACCACAAGAGUGCAAGUGCUCCACUGCUCAGCACUGGAAGUCCCCCGUAUGUGCAGGAAGCUCCAAAUAGUAGAUCAAGCUCAAUAAGCAAAGGGAUGGUUCCAGCAGGGAGGUCUCAGUUAGCUGCAGUGCUCCGCCCUUGGGUAGGAAAGCCUGAACCAUCAGUCCCCCAUCUAUACAGGACAGACCUGGCCUAUAUCCUAAAGCUGGAGGCAGAUAGAAGGAACCUAGAAGAGGCAAUUCAAAAGAAAAAGGCCAUUCUUGGAGAGAAGCUGAGGAGGACAGUGGAGACACUUAGGAGGAUUCAAAGAGAGAAGGAGCGUAUCAAGGUAGUGGAGAGAAGAGACAGUGAAGUGGAAAGGACCCAUGAGCAAAAAGCCACAAGGCACCCUGAAGAGAAAACUUUCAGAGCUGCAGACAGGCCAGGUGUCGGGAUCUUCAGUGGAGCACAGUCUGCAGAGGACACUAUCCCCAAGCCUGACACCACUCUCCACCCCCAAGAACUGGCUGUGGGGAAAUUCAAGGGGUGGCUGGUGGCCACAAAAUACAACAAAACAAACAACAGCAAAAUGCAAGACAACAUACCCAUGGAGCAUUUAGCUUCUUGUUCAAAACUGGCCCCAAAACAUAGCCUUUCUCUCUCUGCCCUCUCAGACCAAGAUUCUGAUGACCACCCAUCUGCAGAGAUGCUAUCCAUGCAGUCUGCCAGUGCUGCGGAGCAGGUGGGGUUUGGACAAUGCAGCUUCUGCAAACGUAAGUUUCUCUGCACCAGGCUUGAGAAACACAUGAGUAUCUGUGGCAAGAACCAAGACUCCAAGAGGAAAGUGUUUGACUCCAGCAAGGCCAGAGCUAGGGGAACAGAACUGGAACAAUAUCAGCAGCGGAAGAGCUCAAGGAGUCCUCAGAGUAAAACACCACCCAGAAAGAACAACUGGAAGCAGAAGCACGAGGCUCUCAUCCACAUCGUCUCACAGGCCCGCCAGGUGCAGCAAAUCCUUGCUAAGGGGGGGAAGGACCUGCCCCCAUUGCCUCCCAUUGAAAAUCCAGACUACGUUGCCUGCACCUACUGUGGACGCAAGUUUGCUCCCCGAGCAGCCGAGAGACACAUUCCCAAAUGCAAGAACAUAAAGAAUAGGCCCCCACCUCCACCACAGAGGAGGCGCUGAUGAGGCAGUGCCCAGCUGUACCUGCUGCUCUGAUUCCCUACCUGUUUUUUGCCAAUUCCCAGCAAUAGACAUUUGUGUUUUCUGUAGUCUCAGCACUGGCUGCAAGCUUCUAUGUACAGCAAGUGAACAGCUCAGGAUGUAUAAGCUGAAUAACAGAACUUGUAUACUUUGACCUGUGCCCUGAGUUGCCCUACGAGAAAUGUCCCUUUCCUCAGCAAAAGAAGCUCAGGAUCAGAAAUUCCAGGGGUUAGAAAACCUAGCACUAGCAGGCACUUACUGUUCAAAUCCAUAUGUCAAUUCAUGUGUAUAGAACAACAGGGAUACGCUGAACCAACCAGGCCCUUGAGGUAACAGAACAAGCAUCACAUUCAGAUUUAGUAUUUUUAAAAAUGGAGUUUUCCUGCAGGCCAAGUUGCUAGGGACUUCUAAAAAACAAAGCUUGCACCCUUCCUUAAGUCAUCUGCUUAUAUUCAUCUUGGUUGCUGCAAUGGUAGGGAAUUAUGACAAAAACAUAUCCCUUCUUUGUUUUCUUCCCGAGAUUUUUCUAGAUUCUGAUUAUUAAAUAUAUUAAACUAGUUCUCUUGUGUAAAA